GCCCCAAGUUUCCUUGUACCCAACAUCCGAGCCGCGAAGAGAACGCCGCGGGUUCCACCUUCAGUGACAGUGCUGCAUGUGGCAUGCCUUAACGAUGUGAUGUGUUUAGUGAAACCUAUUUCAAAACCAAGCAAGCGACGGCCCCGACCAAUGGCAGCCCAAUUGUUGUCCAAACGAAAGCACACCUGUGCAACAACGGCAGGCGGAAGAACGCAUAUUGCAUAGGGCCUCCGGCUUCCGAAAGGAAGGUACGGCGAAAACCGGAAUCUCACCUAACCGGAUUGCAACGGAUAGCGGCCAGACAGACGGCACACGGGGCUGGAGCGGACAGUAAUUAGCACCAAACUGUCUAGCGAUCGAACCUGUCUGACCAAACGAAGAUCGCCUGGGAGCGAACUAAUCAUCGCUGACAAAUCAGAGCCACCAAAGGACGCAGAGUGCGAGAAAUUUCUUUCACUUCCACCUCAGGGGUGCACCAGCGGCAGGAGAAGAACGUUUCCACUAGGCGAGCCAUUGGCAGCGAAGGGGUUUGUAGCGCGCGAGAUGCGCCAGCAGUCGCGUGUGCAUCGAGUAGCCCCUACGUCGUCUUUCACCAACCACCACCGCCACCACCAUCAUGGCAGGAAUUAAACCGAAUAUCUAUGCCGUGCUGGUGACCGCACUCGGAUUCCUCUGUCUGGUCAUCAGCGCGACGGCCGUCGGCGUGCCUGUCUGGGCGUACUACGAGGGCCGUUCGGGAGUAGAGGAUCGAGGAUAUUUCGGACCGUGGCAAAAGUGUCAGGUGCUCAGCUACCGAGAACGAUGCGGUGACGUUGGCCGUUUCAGACCACUAGGAGUGGUCUUUGUCAGCGGCCUGCUCGCAGUCGGUGGGUGCGUGCUGUUCGGGAUCUUCUGCGUAUUGAGCAUCGUACAGAUUGCGAUGAUUUCGUCACGCGAUCGUGUCUGCAUGAGCUACCGGGCGCUGGUGACGGUGAAGCUCGUGGCCACUGUAUUCGCAGCCGGACUAUCGUUGGCAGCGGCCGGCCUUUUUGCACUGCAAACCGACGACGAUCGGGCCGGUUAUCACAUUACGCGCGGCAUCUCGUUCUAUCUACAGGUCGUAGUGACGGCCCUAUCGCUUGCCCUGCUCGCACUGGCCGCAUACGAUCGCAUCCUCACGAAACGGCCCGAUGGCGAUCCGACGAUGCUCUCGAACGCGUCCACCAACGGUCGGUCACGUGGUUCAACGUACAACAACCCGGGCUUCCGAGAAACAUCACACAACCCAAAUGGGAUUGCCGUAACGGAUUCAUCCGGAAGGCCCUACUCUUCCGGCAUGAACGGAAGCAUGCAGUCGGUCAAUACGACCAUCACGAGCGUGUCGAACGGCUCGACGGUCGGUUCCGGGUCGGUCACGAGGACACCGUUGCGCUCGAGCUUGAAAAAACCGCGGCCACCAAACACCACCACUACCGAUGGGUUCGGUAUACGCAAUCCGGGCUAUUCCGGCGGAAACCAAUCGCCGCGGAUGCAGCGAAACGGAAGCGUGAAGAAGGUGCGCAUCCAAACGCACAGCACCGAUGUGUAGAACGUUUGGGAACACAAUAUGCCGGCCGCCAUCCGCUCCGGUGUUGCCUAGCAAGCACGAUUCCGUCCAUUUGUGAGUGGAUUCUUCCGGCAAUUGUACACCCCGGCAAACAGUAGCGAAAGCGGGAAUCGAUCGAAUCUGAGACCAAUCAAUAUUAUCUGUGUAUAGUCGUUAAAAAGGAUAAGUUAGUGAGAGAGGUGGAACAGUUCAGAAGCGCCCCGUCCUCCAUAAGGAAAACUGGGAAGCUAAUUGUAAAUAGGAAACGGAACAAAUAGUGGCCGCCGUGAAUGCAAAACCCUCCAUUCGGUGCACGUGAUCGGCUGAUCAGUAAUCCGCAAAACAUCUUCAAGUGUCCUUUCCACAUUCCGUCGUCUCGGAUCGAGAAAAGUAUUGCCUUACGAUCAUGUAUAGCACGUGUUUGGAACACAGAGAAGAAACGUAUUUUAUAGCACAGUCUCUCGGUUUUCUUUAAUGGACUCCGCGCGUAGUAAUCUCACGUUUUAUCUCAUUAGCUAAAGUAUUUUAAAAGUCCGCCAAACCAAUCAAUCUGUGCACGCACGCGAAGAGGACAUGUUGAUUGUUGUUCGUUGUUUUAUCCAUAGCAAAUAAUUAUAUUCAUGUCCAUUCCUGUUUUGGCAAUGUUUACUACUAAAUGCGUCGGGGCAGGUGGUUUAUUUUUUAAUUUUAAAGCAAUCGAUGUAGGAAUAUCUGUGGUCUUCCAGGGUCGUAGAAAACAGAGCACACACGUCCAUUCUGAGAAAGUAUUCCGUCCGCAAACCCCGUAAGAAGGGUAAUUACACGUAAGGGCUUAGCAAAGGAUUAGUUUUAUUGCUAAAGGAGUCCGUGUUGGGUUCAAAGCCCACCGUGCACUCAGCAUUCCAAUCAGUUUUAGAUGUUUAACCUAUAUAGUGCCGUCCAAUAGAAGCACACAAGGCCCUAAGAGGUGCGAUUUUUUGUUUCGCACGAGGUUUUCGUUAGCAGAGUAAGAACAAAGCAAUAUAAAAAUUUUAUCAUUAGCUAUAGCAGGACGUGUCCUACGGGAACGAAGCAGCAGUUCUUUAGAGAAGCCCUAUUAAUUUGUUACAGAAAAAUCAGUCGAAAGCACAUCGCACGGGAAGAUGUGCUUCGGUUUAAGUGUUUUGGUUAUGAAGGAUGUUUACUUUUAUUGCCCAGAUCGGCGCGUAAUAACAGAGAAAGGCACGCAUCACUCUUCACAAUUCAUUUAAAAUGAAUUGUGCAGUCUCUAGUUCCAGCAAGUGCGUGUACUCGCGGCAAGGUGUUCGACUGUUGACCGGAUUAAGUGCGAAAGGUUGACGACGAAGACGUAAUAAAGAAACAUGCA